AUGCCUAAACUUGAUAAUGACGAGCUUAGGAAAAUUCUUGGAUUUUCAAGUACAAGUGAAGAAAUGGGGCGAACAUGGGUGACGGAUAUUGUAGAAAAGGAUGAUGAUUUCAAAACUGCCUCCAAGCUUUUCAUGGAUUGUAGUGAAGUCGGGAAGGGCUAUGGAAUUGGUGAUUUUGUCACACACGGCUUUGAUGUAUUCAAAAGGAUAUUCACAGCCGAAUCAUCCGUGAUGUUUCUUGUUAAAGAUGCCGACGAUCCAUCUUGUGGAUACGGUGCAUUCUCUGUGGUUCCGAGUCGAUUUGCUCGAAGUGCGAAUACGUGUUUAGCAGCUGGCCCUGGUGUUAUGUCCUUGAACUUUCAAGGUCAAGGUCGUUUUUCAUAUGCGUAUCAGAAUUUGAUCCAAUCAAUACAAGCGACAAAAUAUGCAGGAUUUAUGGGGGAUACAUUAGUUAAUAAUUCUGCUCUGGUAAAGAUGCUUGAUCGCCUUGGUAACAACAUACUUGGGAAAAUCCCCCACGUGGCGUACAUGGCCCAAAAUGGAUGGAUUGAUGGUUACAUCAUAUAUAUUCUGAUUACGGAAUUGAACAGAUGACAGGCCCUUGACCGCUGGAACCAGAGCCUUUAUCAGCAGAAGACGACGCGAAGCACAGCCCCGAGCACAGUGCAUUCAAGCAGAUCUAAUUAACAAAAACGUUGAAGACGAACUUAUAGAAAAAUUGCCUUGUCAACUUGAGUUUAAAGAUUUUAAUCUGGAGUUAGAUGUGAGAAUUGCAACCGUCAUUGAUUUACCUGAAACCUAUAAACUCUUACGUCAUGCCCAAAUAAGGAACGUUGAACUUGGCCUGGAUGAAUAUCCAAAUUUUGACACGUUUUUAUCAGAGUUGUCUUUAAAACGACAUUACUUAUUCAAGUGCAUAGAUCACCAUGGCAACAUGUGUAUUGUUGUGAUCAUAUCGGGUUCGAGAUUUAGUAGAAGCGUGAAUGCAGAUCUUGCCGAAAUCAAAAUCGUCACAUCCAAUGACAUUUCCAACUCAAUUAGCUACAAAGAAAUUGUCAAAGAAAUUCACAAUUUUGCUGUACGUUUGAGCAAAUUGCUGUAUUUUA